UCACGUGCGCCACAGAUUCAUCCUUCAGCUCAGACGCCUCCCGCAGCCAGACAGCGCAACGCUUCCUUCACCGCUGGGGCUUCGAUUUCGAGUGGAGAAGCAGCCCCAGCGGUCGCCCGCUUUGCAAACCCGGCCGUGAGCGCUCCCCUGUGACCCCGACACACUCCAGCCCCCGAUCCCUCUGCUUUGCCUUCGAGCCAAGACCCGUCCACGGUGAAUUUCCACAUCCCUCUUGCUGGUGGCGACCACCGUUCUGCUGCUGUGGUCUUCUCCGACCAGCGACUCGGAUCGAGGGUGCUCCGCCCGUGAUAGUUGCUGCUUAGAAGGAGAGCGUCGUCUACAAUUGGUCCCGGGUCGGGUCUUUGUUUGUUGGAAAACCAGGGGCGUUCCUCGCCUUCCAGAUUAGCCACAGGAUUCCUGCGAGCCACUCUUGAGAAGACGGAUCAGCCCCGACGGCAUCUCGUGUUUCCUGAGAGGCAUUCUAGUUUUCUUCUCCGUCAGACUUAAAAGCAAAAAUCAAGGACAGAGUCAGAGCAAAGACAAAAUGCAUCAUCCCAUUUUUGGGCAUUCUUUCGCCGAGCUCGUGGCACCGAUCCUUCUCCUUGGGCUCGCGAUCUAUUUUCUCAAUAAGAAGAAGGCUAGUGUGCAUAAAAAUGCAGAAAAUGCUAAUAUUGGCGCAUCUGGUUCGUUGACUGCGCCGACGGGAACUAAUUCCGGUGGAUCUAGUUCGUCUCCAACAGAAAUUAAUAAUGGUGCAUCUAGUUCGUCGACCGUGCCGACUGGAAACCGCUACGAGGUGUUCUUGAACUUUAGAGGCCCAGAUACUCGAAAAGGCUUCACCGAUCACCUCUACAAUGGGCUCGUUGAUGCCGGAAUUCGUGCUUUCAGAGACGAUGAAGAGCUUCGCCAAGGCGAGGAGAUCGGCCCAGAUCUUUUGGCAGCCAUCAAGAACAGUAAAAUCCUAAUCCCCAUUCUCUCUGAGAAUUAUGGUUCGAGCAAAUGGUGCCUGGAUGAACUGGUUCAAAUAAUGGAGUGCAAGAAUGAUACCACGGGGACUAUAGUGUUGCCUAUAUUCUACAAAGUAGAACCAGCUGAUGUGCGAUAUCAAAAAGGUAGUUUCGGAGAUGCAUUUCGUACACGUGAGAAGUAUUCCAACCCAUCGACUUUGGAGAAAUGGAAGCAAGCACUCAUUAAAGUCUGUUCCUUGAAAGCAUGGGAAGCCAAAGGGUAUGAAGGAGAAUUGGUAAAAUCGGUUGUCCAACAAGUGUUAUUCGAGCUGAAGAAGAAGUUUGAGUUGGUUAUUCCUGAGAAUUUGAUCGGAAUUGAUAGUCAUGUGAAGAAGAUUAUGGAAUUUGUAGAUAAUAAUUCUCGUGCCACCCUAUUUGUUGGCAUUUACGGAAUGGGAGGCAUUGGUAAGACUACUCUUGCGAAAACCAUCUACAACAAGCUCUCCAAUCAAUUUGAACACCGUAGCUUCAUUGCUGAUAUCAGGGAAUCAUGGAAGCGUAAUGGCAUUCAUUACUUACAGAAUCAGUUAAUCCAUGGCAUAUUGAAUCAAGAAAAUCAAGUUCGUAAUGAAGAUGAAGGGAUUAAGUUCCUCUCAUCCAUGCUUAAAGGUAAGAAGGCCCUCGUUCUUCUUGAUGAUGUGGAUGAUAAUCAUCACUUGAAGGCUUUGGCUGGAAAUCAGAGUUGGUUUUCUUCGGGAAGUAUGAUCUUCAUUACCACCCGAAACAAGAGUAUUCUUGACAACACUGGGGUAGACUACCAGUAUGAACAUGAGGAAAUGGAUAGGGAUAACUCUUUGAUUCUAUUUAGUAGACAUGCUUUUCGAAGGGACUCUCCUCCAAGUGAAUUUGAGGACCUCACUCAUGAUGUUGUAUCCACCACUGGAGGGCUUCCCUUAUCUCUUGAGGUCUUAGGUUCAUUUUUGUGUGGAAAAGAGCCAAAACUAUGGAGAGGCACGACAAAGAAGUUAAGAAAAGUCCCUCAUGAGAAAGUGCAAGAAAAGUUAAGGAUAAGUUACGAAGCAUUAACGCAUGAACAAAAACAAAUUUUUUUGGAUAUCGCCUGUUUUUUCAUUGGCACUGACAAGAGCAUCGCAUCCUACAUGUGGGAUGCAUGUGACUUUUUCCCGGAGGAGGGAAUUGAAGUAUUGAGAUUUCUAUCAUUAAUAAAAGUUGGAGAUAAUGAUGAGCUCAUAAUGCAUGACCAAUUGAGAGAUCUUGGUAGGGAAAUCGUCCGCGAGGAAAACAAGACGGAGCCUGGGAACCGUAGUAGGCUAUGGGACUCCAAGGAAGUCUUGGAAGUGCUAAAGGGAAAUGAGGGCACUAGAAAGAUCGAGGCCCUUUCUCUUGGCGAAUGGAGUACGGAAGAAAGAUACACAGCUGAACAAUUUAAAGAAAUGACCAACUUGAGGUUCCUUCAAGCAGAUGGUGCGAAUUUCACCGGAGAUUUCCAAAGCUUACUUCCUAAAUUAAGAUGGCUUCAAUGGAAGGGAUGUCCCUCGGAUUUCGUUGCGACCAACUUUCAUCCGAAGAAAUUAGUUGUACUCGAUUUGUCAAACAGUGAAAUUUCGGAGGACUGGGGAGGAUGGGCUCCACUCAAGGCUGUGAUAGCAAUGGUGCAGCAGGCUAUGCAAUAUGUUGACCAGACAACUGAUCUUGAGACCAAGAUAGGGCUUAUUAAGACACUUAACUCUGUCGCUGUUGGGAAGAUAUAUGUCGAAAUUGAGGUUGAUCAAGAAACUUGCAAAAAUAAAGGAAGAACGGGGUCUUAUAGCAGAAGCUAUUGAUUUGAUGCAAGAAAUCGGGGUAGAAAGUUUUGGAGCAACGGCAAAGACAGAGAAGAUUGCCUUGAUUUUUUAACAAGUUCGUCUGUGCAUAGAUUGCGAGGAUUAUGUCUGUGUACAUAUCUUUUCCAGGAAGAUCAGCCCCUGAGUGUUUGAUGCAGAUCCUUCUAAAGGGAAGAAAAAGCCUAAAGAAGAUGAAAACGUUGUGGAACAAGUGCCAGCUGAUAUUCCGUCUCUUCUGGAGUUGAAACGGAUAUACUAUGACUCAUGAUACGUUUCUAAGGCACAUGAACCUAUGCGGUCAAGCCUUCUUAAUGCCACUUUAGAGGAUAAACAUCUCUCAGAAAUUCCCCAAUUCAGGUUGCUGCUGAAACAAUUGGUCGCGGUGGAGGUCAUCCAAUGGACUCCUCUUUAAAGUACUUUCAAAGAUGAAAUUUGAGAAUGAGAAAACAUGCUAGGAGGUGGACAUGUUGAGAAGGCGGCAGAAAAUCUUAGACAGGGCCCAAUCAUAGUCAACAGAAGAAUUUUGGCUUCUCCUGGGCAAUACAAGCUACCUUUAGCUAGGAGCCUCUUUGGAGAAUCAUCGAACAUAAUAUUAGUGCCGUUUGAAGUAUUGCUUAAGGAUUACCUUAAAGAGACUUGCAGAGCUGUUAUGCCUUAGUAUCGAGGAAGCUGAGAAGCAUCUCUCCUUAAUGGUUUUUUCCAAGUCCCUGGUGGUAAAGAUAGACUGGCCAAUAGGAAUUGUCAGUUUCCAGACGACAAAGGACAGCAAUGAGAUUUUUAACUCGGAGCAACAAAUUUGGAAAAGCUGCUUGACCUUGUCGAGAAAAGUUGUCAUCAAAUCCCCAAGGAAACCACGGUUCAUGAGGCUGCUUUGAGAGGUUGAAGAUGUUUUUAGUUGAAUAAAUGAUCUGUCUCCCCUCGAGCAUCUCUCUCUCUCUCUCUCUCUCUCUCUCCCCGAAGAAUGCUGUUUCACAUUGUGGUCUGAAGUGGGGACCGGAGAUAUUCAUGAUAGAACUCUGGCGUAGCUGUCUUAGAUUUGAUUGCAUAUUUUGUAGGGGGACCAGAUCCGGGCUUGUUUCGGACUGAAAUGAUAUACUGAAUAUACUUUCUGUAUAGGAAUUUAGUUUGGUC